AUGUCUGAAAAGUCAUCAGUAUCGUCGGGUUUACAAAAAGCUUUUGAUAAAUAUUCUAAAUUUGGUAAAACUCAAGCACAAUUAACUGAUCAUCAUGGACUUCGAAUUGGUUCAGCUGGUAUUCAAAAAAUGAUGAAAGAUUGUUCAUUAAUUGAUACGAAGUAUACAUCACAAUUAUUAGAUAACGAUAUUGCACGUGUUCUUGGAAAAUUGACAAUAGGUUCGAAUGAAACUAACUCAAUUCAUUAUCCAAAAGGAACAAAAACAUUUGAAAUUAAAGGUUUCAAAGCAUUAAUUGAUCGUAUUGCUGAAUCUAAAGGUGUUAGUCACGAUGAAAUUUUAGCUAAAAUUAAUGCAAAUGAAGGUCCUAGUCUUAAUCAUGUUACUGAAAUAGCAAAUAAAGAAAUAACUGAUCGAAUGACGAAUACAACACAUUAUACAGGCACACACAAAGAACGUUUUGAUGAAGAAGGCUAUGGAAAAGGCAAAGAAGGUCGUUCAGACGAAAUUGAAUCUACAGGUUAUGUACAAGGUUUCAAGGGUACUAAUCAAUCAUCAUCAUCAUCAACAAAAAAAAUGAAAGAAUAG